AAAAAAGCGCGCCCUCUAGCGCCGCCUGCAGCAAACCGCGCGGGGAAAGAGCGCUGUUUGAUCAAUAGCAAAAUGGAGCCGCCCGCGACCGUGCAGGAGCGAAGCCCCACCGCUUUAACCCUGCGAUGGCGCCCCCCCACGGCCCCCAGUUGGACCCGCCUGCAGAUCGCCGACCCCUUCCAGCAAUGGAGAACCGUCUACUGGGGCCCCAAGUGCCACGCCCACGUCCCCCGGCUGGCGCCCGCCACCUGCUACCGCUUCCGGCUGAGGGGCGACGCGAGCGCCCAGUGGCGCCCCUUCCGGGCGGCCACCGAACCAUCCAGUCCGCAGGGCGCCGCCCUGCACAUGACGCGCGCCGUCAAACUGGCCAACAGCGCCCUGAUCCGGAAACUCGCCCUGCACAGGUACGUUUGAACUCCCCCUUGUUUCGCUCCUUCUCUGGCUCGAAGCCU